UAAUCACACACAUACAUAAUUAUGGAAUUGGACAACGUUUUACUUGUUGUCUUCUUUGCUCUUUUAACCACUUCAUCUUCUACUGCAAAAGUAGCUCCACCGGUUUCCCCCAUUCUUGAUGUUUCUUCACUCAACAGAAGCAGCUUCCCACCAGGUUUCAUCUUUGGAGCUUCAUCUGCAUCCUACCAGUAUGAAGGUGCUGCUUUUGAAGGUGGUAAAGGCUUAAGUAUUUGGGAUACCUUCACCCAUAAAUAUCCAGAAAAGAUAGAAGAUAGAAGCAAUGGAGAUGUUGCAAAUGAUCAAUAUCACCACUAUAAGGAGGAUGUUGGGAUCAUGAAGGAUUUGAAUCUAGAUGCUUACAGAUUAUCCAUUUCUUGGCCUAGGAUACUCCCAAAAGGAAAGCUUAGUGGAGGCAUAAACCAACAAGGAAUUGAUCAUUACAACAGCCUCUUCAAUGAGCUACUCUCUAAAGGCAUAAAACCAUUUGUUACUCUUUUCCAUUGGGAUCUUCCACAAGCUUUGGAGGAUGAGUAUGGUGGCUUCUUAAGUCCUCACAUUGUAAAUGAUUAUCAAGAUUAUGUGGAUGUUUGCUUCAAAGCAUUUGGAGACAAAGUGAAACAUUGGAUAACUUUUAAUCAACCAUAUACUUAUAGCCAAGGUGGCUAUGCAACUGGUGUGAAGGCACCAGGUAGAUGUUCCAAAUGGUUGAACCGAAACUGCACCGGUGGCGAUUCAGGAACAGAACCUUAUGUGGUUGCACACCAUGAACUUCUUGCUCAUGCAGCUGCUGUGCAACUCUACAAGACCAAAUAUCAGGCAUCUCAAAAAGGCUCCAUAGGCAUAACCUUGGUGUCUCAUUGGUUUAUGCCAUUUUCAAAUAGUCCACUUGAUAUAACUGCUGCUGAAAGAUCACUUGACUUUAUGUAUGGAUGGUUUAUGGAACCUUUGACAAGAGGAGAUUAUCCAGAAAGCAUGAAAUCUAUAGUUGGAAGUAGAUUGCCGAAGUUCUCUAAAGAGCAAUCUAAGCAACUCAUACAUUCAUAUGAUUUCAUUGGAUUGAACUAUUAUACCACCAACUAUGCUUCCAAUGCACCUAAACUAUUGUCUGCAAAACCAAAUUAUGCCACUGAUUCUCAUGUCAAUUUUGCAACUGAACGCAAUGGUGUUCCUAUAGGUCCAAGGGCUGCUUCAACUUGGUUAUAUGUUUAUCCAAAAGGAAUUCGAGAACUAUUGAUUCACACCAAGAAAAAGUACAACAACCCCUUGAUUUAUAUCACAGAAAACGGUAUUGAUGAGUACAAUGAUCCAACAUUGUCACUUGAGGAGGCACUUUUAGAUACCUUCAGAGUUGAUUUUUAUUAUCGUCAUCUCUUUUAUCUUCAACAUGCUAUUAAGGAUGGUGCAAAUGUGAAAGGAUACUUUGCAUGGUCAUUGCUGGACAACUUUGAAUGGAGUGCAGGUUACACUGUGAGAUUUGGACUAAAUUAUGUGGAUUACAAAAAUGGUCAGAAGAGAUAUAAUAAGCUUUCUGCAAAAUGGUUCAAAAGCUUCCUCAAAAGAUAUUAUUAGACUGUUUUUGUGUUCACCUUGAAUAAAUGAUGUGAUGCAAUGUAAAACUUUAAUGAUAUCAUCAUUGCUUUCAUUUAUGUUUAUCUAUUUUCUAGUUUAUUUUCGUU